AAAACUCAUCGAAAAAAAUGGCAAUCCUGUCGCAUUAAUAUUUUGUAGCUGUUCGACUUUGUGUUGCUUCUCGCCGGUGAAAUUUAUUUGGUCUUCAUAAACUGGAAAAGCGUGAACUCAUGGCCAGCAACGAGCCCGGUGGCGGAAACCUUAUGGAUGAGUUCGAGGAGGCCUUCCAGUCCUGCCUUCUCUCGCUGACCAAACAGGAACCCAACUCAGGGACCAACAAGGAGGAGAUCGAACUAGAUGUCCAGAAAACAACAAACCGAUUUAUCGACGUGGCGCGUCAAAUGGAGGCAUUCUUCCUUCAGAAGCGUUUCCUUGUGUCUACGUUGAAGCCCUAUAUGCUGAUUAAGGACGAGAACCAGGACCUGAGCAUCGAGAUUCAACGAAAAGAGGCGCUUCUCCAGAAACAUUACAAUCGGUUGGAAGAGUGGAAAGCAUGUCUCUCUGACAUCCAGCAAGGUGUUCAUAGCCGUCCCACCCCGCCCAUUGGAUCUGGAAUGCUGCAGGGAGCUGGCGGCAUGCCACCUAUGGGUGGAGUACCCCCUCGACCAGGAAUGAUGCCGGGAAUGGGUCCCGGAGCCGGCGGUAUGCCUCCUAUAGGAGCCAUGCAACCAAGUCCCCAACACAUGCUCCAGGCCCAGCAGAUGCAACAGCUCCGAAUGAUGGGAAAACUGCCACCAAAAUAAAGGAGGGGAUGGAGAAAACUUUCACGGGGUUUCCUUUAGAAUGUAACUUUGUACAGAACCUGUAUCUCAUGUAGUUCAAUAAAAUAAUUUUAUAUAUUCAAAAGAGAAAAAAAAUAACAAGAAAAUGAGAGGACAGCGGCAAUCGCAGAGAUGCUCCUUAAGCUUGAUCGUUUAGAUCCCAAAGAAAAAAUAAUCAUACAAAUUUAAAAGGAGUUGAGCAUACAGUAGCUCUGCGAGGAUCAGCUCUACCAAACCAAAUAACCCCAUCAUAAAAAAGAUAUCAACCACCAUAAA